UUUUGAUGGCGAAUAUCGACCAGUUGAAAGUUUUCAAAGAUGACCCCUUCAAAUAUGAGAAGCGAAAAGAAAAAAUGUCGGACAGUGAAAGCACUGAUGAUGAAGUCAAAGUUAAGGCCGAAAAAUCAGUUUUCAAAGCUUAUCUUUGGUUAAUAUUUGGAGGAUUUGUGGGGGCUCAUCAUAUUUAUCUGAAUAACGACUAUCAGGCUGUUCUUCUGAUUGCUAGUGUAGGGGGCUGCUAUGGAUUGGGACUUAUAAUGGAUUUCUUCUACAUUCCACGAUACGUCGAACAAGCAAACAACCACCCUUAUUUCAAAGAUUUGGUAGAGUUGGAGAAAAAACACUUCAAAAAGCCUAGGUUGCACGUGGGUAUGAUAAUAAUACAGCUAGUGAUAGGAGCAUACAGCAGAACUCUAGCGACCAAAUCUAUACCUUAUAACGAGUACACAGUGUUUAGAAACUUCAUACUACCACUGGCUUCAACUAUCGGAGUAUGGUUGGUAGGAAAGGUGUUCCACGCUAAAAGCAGUUUCAAAGCCACUCUUCUUGGAUCCUACCUCUCAUUCUUCGUGCUACAGUACAUUCUACACAUUCCCAUCACAUACUUCCCCUUCGAUACAACUCUAGGAGCGGUGGUAUGUUACGCUAGAUAUCAGUCGUAUAACACGAGCCCGAGUCCUGGCAAAAUACUGAAGCACAAGAAGAAGAUAUUCUUGGCAACACUUGUUGUCAUGGUUUCACUUCAAGGGUGUUACUACUACAAUAACGCGACAAUAUCAAUACAAGGAAUAGAUCUCCCUUUGAAGGAUGUACUGAUAGAGUUUUUCAACUCUUCAGCCUGGAUUGAAGCUCGGAUAGCACUGGGGCAAUUUUAUGAAGAGGUCUGGGUGAUAGGAGUAAUGCCAGCAUUGAACAGACUCCAACUCUUCAACACAGACUCCUUGUCGGAGGAGGCAGCCUAUGUUAUAAUCGGAGUUGAGGAGAACAUCACUAAUGCCGCUCUUAAGAAGAGGUUCAGAGCCCUGACACUGGAGUACCACCCUGACAAACAGUCCCCCGACAAGAGGGAGAUGGCUAACAAGCACUUCAUGGAACUCAAGGCAGCUUACGAGGUGAUAAUAAAGAUGAGGUCCUAUAAGACUAAGAUUGAGGGUGCUAAGCUACUGAAAGAGAUAUCAGACAGACUCAACAAGUACGGGAAAAAGGAGAAGAAACUGAGAAACACUGUGGACCUGUAGAUUCAGAACACUUUUUUGACUUUUAUAAGAUAUU